AUGGGGUCACACGCACCUAUUCACCAGCACUUGCGCGACCCCAUCGAGGACGUAUGGGGCCCGAGAACCCCGUACAAGCAUGAGUGGCCUACUCGGGUCGACAUAGAAUGCGACGACGAGCCGGACAAAUGGGUUCAGAGCGCAUGCGUGCUUUGUUGCAACGGCUGCGGUCUAGACAUCGGCAUCAAAGACGGCAAGGUGGUGGGUGUCCGUGGACGUGCAACGGAUCGCGUCAACAAGGGAAGGCUUGGGCCCAAGGGCUUGCACGGGUGGAAGUCCAUAGACCACGCGGACCGCCUCACACAUCCUCUAAUCCGUCGCAAUGGUAAACUUGAGCGGGCCACAUGGGAUGAGGCGAUGAGGCUGAUCGUACAGGGCUCAAAGGACCUCAUCGAGCGCCUCACAAGCCAUAGCAUAGCCUUCUACACGUCGGGUCAGCUGUUCCUGGAGGAGUACUAUGCUCUGGCGGUGGUUGGGAAAGCCGGCCUCUCGACGCUGCAUAUCAGCACAUCCAUGAGAGAAUCGUUCGGCUCGGACGGCCAGCCGGGAUCGUAUACGGACAUAGACUUCACCGACUGCCUGUUCCUGGUCGGCUACAACGUCGCAGCCACGCAGACGGUGCUCUGGUCACGGAUGCUCGACCGCCUGGACGGGCCCAACCCGCCGAAGCUCAUCGUCGUGGACCCGCGCAUGUCUGAUGCCGCAAGGAGGGCAACGGUCCACCUCACCCCCAAGAUCGGAACCAACCUGGCCGUCCUGAACGGCAUCCAGCACCUCAUGUUCAAGCACGGCUGGAUCAACAGGGACUUCAUCUCGAAACACGUCAUCGGGCUCGAGCAGCUCGAGAAGACCGUCGAGGACUACACCCCGGAUAAGGUCGAGCAGAUCUCCGGCGUGCCCACUCAGCACCUGGAAGAGGCUGCCGCGAUCAUCGGCCAGUCCGAGAGCCUCUUGUCGACGGCGCUGCAGGGCGUCUACCAGUCCAACCAGGCGACGGCGAGCGCGUUCCAGAUCAAUAACGUCAACCUCCUCCGGGGUCUGAUCGGUAAGCCCGGCAGCGGCGUCCUGCAGAUGAACGGGCAGCCGACGGCGCAGAACAACCGCGAGGCCGGGUGCGACGGCGAGUUCCCGGGCUUCCGGAACCACAUGAACCCCGUCCACAUGCAGGAGCUCGCGGACCUGUGGAACAUCGACCCGGUCAGGGUGCCGCACUGGAACGAGCCGACGCACGUGUAG